UGGAGCAAGCAGCAACAGGUUCCACCUCCUGAAUGGGAGUUUAUGGAAGAUCCUGCACCGGUAGCUUUACACAAAGAACUGAGAUCAGACAAAGAGACAAUCUGUGUUUUAUGGAAAGAAGAAAUUGUGCUGAAUUCAGUGUGCAGUCUGUCGGUGUCCUGUCUAAUCAAGUUCAGACUGAUAGGAUUGAGUCAGUACCCAGAAGCAGCUCUUUGCCAUGGAGGCUUUGCAUGUGCUGGACAACUGGAGAAAGGACCUUCAUGUGUCGCAGGGAGCCGUGGAUAGCUCAUUGGACAUGGAUCGCCUGAACAGGAACAUGCCCGAGUGUGGACGGCAAACCCACCAGGUGUUGCAGAGCACUCCACUGGACCUGAUUGAGACGGGGAAGGGGCUGAAGUUCCAGGCAGAGCGCCCCCACCUGGUCAGCCUGGGCAGCGGACGACUGAGCACAGCCAUCACCCUGCUGCCGCUGCCUGAGGGCCGGACCACACUGGGUCAUGGUCCCAUGGACAUUAACAUCCAGGGCCCUGGAGUGGCCGCCCAGCACUGCUACAUAGAGAACAGGUCGGGGGUCAUCACGCUGCAUCCCUGUGGGAACCUCUGUGCUAUCGAUGGGCUGCAGGUCGCACAACCCGUCCGCCUGUCACAAGGCUGUAUGCUGUGUUUUGGCCAGUCAGCCUUCUUCCGCUUCAACCACCCUGAAGAAGCCUUCAGGAUGAAGAGCAUGGUGCCCCAGGGAGGAAGCGUCUCCACCGGGGACUACAGACUCUGUUCAGACACGGAGAGCUUCGUCAAUGGGAAUCACCAGGCCAGUCCAGUCCAGUCUCCCCCAGCUCCUGGAGACAGAGUCCAGUCUGAGCACAGUGCAAUCGUCAGCUCUAUUGAGAAGGACCUUCAGGACAUCAUGGACUCUCUAGCCAUGGAUGACCCCCAACCUUCUUCCUCAGACGCCAAAAAGCCUCCUGGAGGUAUUCCCCACUCGCCUCUGUCACCAAUGGUCAAUGGAGGGGGCCGGUAUUUGCUGUCCCCUCCUACCAGCCCAGGGGCCAUGUCCGUGGGGUCCAGCUAUGAGAAUACAUCCCCUCCCUUCUCUCCCCUCUCCUCCCCCUCAGCAGCCAGCAGUGGGAGCUUUACAAGCCCGUCUCCAAGUGGAGGACCCCAGGACCAGAGUUCUACUCUGCCGCCAGUGCCUGUACGCUCCUCUAGCUACAACUUCACCACCCAGCCUCCGCCUGUACCCCAGCCACGGACCAUACUGCCUAACUACAGCAGCGGUGGGGUGGGCCAGAAGGUUCAGGAAAGCCCCAGGUUGCAGAGGAAGGUCUUAACAGAGGCUCCUCCGAGCCCUAAGCCAAGCCGCAGAGGACUAAGCCAAGAUGGGUCUGAGAGCCCCCGACAAAUUCUGCUGUCUAAUGAAUCUCUCAGUAGUAGAAACAUUGUGCCAAGUAGCCCCAGACUCACUCCCAAAUUCCCUACUUGUCCAUCCCCAUCUCCCUCCAGUCCCAGGACCAAGACAACCACAGUGCUCCAAGAAAGGCCUGCCAGCCCUUACAGAGAGCUGACCAGUCUAGCUGAUUGCCCCCUAACCUCAAGCUCCUCCAGGCAGCUGUCCCAACCCACCAGAACCUUCCAGCCUCCCUUGGACCCCAUCGUCCAUAUCAUACAAGGAUCGUCGCUCCAGCAGCAUCCACGUUCGCUGCAGCCCCCUGAAAGCCCUCGCAUGGCCAGGAGAAACUUGGAGCUGAACGGCAGCAGUGGAGGGGGCAGCAGUAUGAGAGAGCUGCCACCUCUUAGCCCCUCCAUAGCUAGGAGAGGGGUCCCGGUACUCCCAGGAGCACUCCCAGGGACUGUUCCCACCUUGAGGACUCCAGAAAGCCCCUCAAGUCUGGGCAAGCUUAUCCCAGAGAGUCCCAGGCUGCGACGCAGGACUGGAUCUACAUCAGAGGAGCCAACGUGCAGCAAGGGGGUGCGAGCCCGCAGCCCGUCACCCACCUCUAUGAUGACGGAGGGUGGUGGUGCGGGAGCACGGAAGGCAAGCUUUGGUAAUUCCCUGUCACCUGCCUACAGUCUGGGCUCGCUGCCUGGCUCAUCCCCUGUAGGCAGCCCCAGGACCCAUAGGAAGAUGUCUGCAGGGAGACCCCACCCUGGGAUGAGGGAGAGAAAAAACAGCAUCACAGAGAUCAGCGACAACGAGGACGAGCUGCUGGAGUACCACAGACGACAGAGAGAGGAGAGGCUUCGAGAGCAGGAAAUGGAGAAACUGGAGAGACAGCGACUGGAGACCAUCUUAAACCUCUGUGCUGAAUACAACAAAGGGGAGACCCCCGGCCUGGACCCCCUGGGCUCAGGGAGGACUGGUUUCCCCGGAGGACUGGCAGAUGGCCGAAGACCGUCCAUGGAGAACAUCCUAGGAGGCACGCCGUCCCCAGCCACGCUGCGCCUGCUGCAGAGACAGAGAGAGAGCGACGAGGAGAACCUGAAGGAGGAGUGUAGUAGUACAGAGAGCACUCAUCAGGAGGUGAGGACAUCUCCUGCUCUCAGCACAGCAUCUGCACUGCUCAAUGGAGACAGACAGCAUGAGGACUCGUCCAGUUCAGGCAGUGCAGGUCGUCUGGAGCUGGGUUACCUGGAAGACGAGCGGGUUCGUGUUCUUUCUCGGAUCGAUGAGCUUAAAAGCCGGCUAACUGAGCUCGAGCAACAACUCCAGGAGUCCAAACAAGAGGCAGAGAUGGAGCGUGCCUUGCUGCAGGGCGAGAGGCAGGCGGAGCUCGACCAGAUAGAGGCUGAAACGGACAUCAUCACUCAGCUGCAGCACAAGCUGGAUGAGCUGGAGAGCACCAUCCAGAGGGAGAAAGACAAGGAGAGGGCUAAUGUUGAGGCCGAGCGCCGGGCCCUGCAGAGCCUCCAGGAGGGCUACGCUGAGUUGGAGAACCAGCUUCAUAAUUGUCCCGAAUCCCUGCGGGAACAGUUGCAGGAACAGCUCAAAAGGGACGGAGACGCGUUGGAAACAGGAACCAAAAAGUUUGAAGACUUGGAGUUUCAGCAGCUGGAGAGAGAAAGCAGCCUGGAGGAGGAGAGAGAAACCAUCAGCCAGCAGCUGCUGCAGGAGAGAGCAGAGUACCACAGCAGUGUGGCCAAGAGGAAGGAGAAGUUGUCUGCUCUGGAGAACCAGGCCAGCCAGCUCGGCAUGCAGGCGGCUCAGGAGUGCGAACGGCUGGCCAAAGACAGGACCCUCACACUGCAAAUGCUCCAAAAGGAGAAGGAGAGGCUGUCGGCCCUGGAGAAGAGAUACCACAGCCUGACGGGUGGGAAGAGCUUCCCCAAGUCCUCCACUGCGAUGAGAGAGGAGUACAUGAAGCUGUCGGAUGUCUAUAAGAUGUACGGCAGCGGCGGCCUCCGUGAAAACAACAAGCCCGCCACUCACGGCCGCUCGUUUGCCAUAGAUGCUGCAUUAGCCGGCGCCGGCGAGUACCAGUCUGAGGGCAGUAGGCCUCACCUCCCCAAGCUAGAUUUAGAGCAGUGGUACCAGGAGCUGAUGACUGGCUCUAGCCAGCUCUGUCCGCCCCCGCUGCCAGCCAAGUCUCUGUCAGGCCGCAGGCCUGUGCUGCAGGUGUUCCGCUCCAAGCUGGACAGUGAUCCAGGUCUGUCUCCUUAUCAACCCAAAUCAGGCUCUGCGUCCCCUCUGCAGCACGGAGCUGCAACACUGGGACGCAACUCAAGCUCAAAGCAGAGCCCCCUGCUGGUGGCCAACAGCACUGGCAGUCUGCCGAGGAACCUGGCUGCAACCCUGCAGGACAUCGAGACCAAGAGACAGCUCGCUCUGCAGCAGAAAGGUCAGCAGGUGAUCGACGAGCAGCGCCGCCGCCUGGCCGAGCUCAAACAGAGAGCGGCGGUGGAGGCUCAGUGUCAGUGGGAGGCGCUCCACGGCUCUCAGUCCCACCUCAUGACGUCGUCCUCUUCGUCGCCCUCCUACUCCCCGAUCAUGUCCUACAGCCCGGCGCUGAGCCACAGCUCCGUAGGCCCUCCGCCUCUGGUUCACCACUCCAUCCUGCACCACCAGCCCCCGUCAGCCGGGGAGCAGCCCUACGACACGCUGAGCCUGGAGAGCUCCGACAGCAUGGACACCAGCGUGUCCACUGGGAACAACUCGGCCUGCUCACCAGAUAACAUGUCCAGUGUUGGAGGAGUGGACGCGAUGAAGAUUGAGGAGAUGGAGAAAAUGCUGAAGGAGGCGCAGCUGGAGAAAGCCAGACUUAUUGAAUCACGGGAACGAGAGAGCCUGGCUCGCCGUCAGAUGCUGGAGGAGGAGAGGAGGAGGAGGGAGGAGGCGGAGAAAAGACUGCAGGAUGAAACUUUCCACCGGCAGCAGCUCGUGGAGAAGGAGGUCAAGAUGAGGUCCAAAAACUUCUCUCAGGCCCGUCCUAUGACUCGCUACCUGCCCAUUCGGAAGGAGGAGUUCGACCUGCGCUCCCACGUGGAGUCGUCGGGCCACAGCGUGGAGACCUGCUACCACGUCAUCCUCACAGAGAAGAUGUGCAAGGGCUACCUGGUGAAGAUGGGAGGCAAGAUCAAGUCUUGGAAGAAACGCUGGUUCGUCUUUGACCGCCUCAAAAGGACCUUCUCCUACUAUGUUGACAAACAUGAGACCAAGCUGAAGGGUGUGAUCUACUUCCAGGCGAUAGAAGAGGUCUAUUACGAUCACCUCCGCAGUGCCACAAAGAAGGGAUUUUUCAACUUGAAUAUGACGAGUAGCCCGAACCCCUCCCUGACCUUCUGUGUAAAGACCCACGACCGUCUCUACUACAUGGUGGCGCCCGCAGCCGAGGCCAUGAGGAUCUGGAUGGAUGUGAUCGUCACAGGAGCCGAGGGAUACACACAGUUCAUGAACUGAGAGACACAGAGAUAGACAGAGAGAGAGAGCAGGUGACGAGCAGAUAGUUUCGGCAGGGACUCUCCCAUCAAAGACUCUACAGGCCCUUCCUGUUUCCAGUCCAUAGCGGACACAGCGCCUUGUUUGUUACAUUUCGUUUUUAAUCUCACACUUUGAUUUUGUUUUGUAGAUGUUUUCACCUCCACAUUUUCUACGUGAUUCAGUUUGGAUUGAAAAAGGGAGCCCAUGGAGGACACACACACACACACACAUAAACAGACACACACAUCUGUAUAUAAACCAAAACGUAUACCUGUCAAAGACUUUUAAAAAGCCUUUCUAUAUUGCCAAAUGGAGAUCUUGUAGUUACUGUUUGUUGGAUCUUUUGUAUUAUUUCUUUCUUUCCUUUCUUUUUUUUUUUUUUUUACGUAUAGAGAAAAUUGCCAAAUGACAUAAUGCCAAUGUUUUGUUUGAGUGUUCCAUCACUAUGACUAUGCUCAGUUUAGAAAGAAACCGGUGAAAAGAACCUUCAAUCAAAAGGUUAAUCAGUUCAGAAAUCGAUCUGAAAGAGUCUUGUUCAAAAUGGGGACUGAGAUGAUCUGAGUCCAAUCUGUACAGGUCUGUACCAGUAAAACACAAGUCACUUCAUGUCAGUGCUGACGGUGUCUUUGGCUACAUACUAGUAACAUUACUUCACAUAGGCUUACCAAAGUAAUUAGACAUAUUCUGUUAAGACUUUGACCCACUCACAGCUCAGGAGGAGUUCACUCUGCAGUUCUCACUAUGGUUCGACCAAUACAGGGUUUGAAAAGCCGGUACUCUAAUUACUAUUUGAAAAGCUGGUACUCUAAUUACUACUGAAGCUGCUGAUUGACAUUAUUUUUUGCAGUAUUUAUACAGUAAAAUAUUACAAAAACUUUACACUAAACCCAGAAUAAUGAUUCAGGAUUGAAAGAUUUUAAAGAAUCACACUUUUUUGACAAAAAUCAACACAUCUAUAGGAUGACUUUUCUUUCUUAAAUUUUUGGACAUCCUAUAAUAUGGUGUUUUCUGUAUUUUUUUGGCCCUAUGCUCUAAUAUAUAUUAAUUGACUACAAUUGGGCCAUUUUUAGCAUUCUUAAGCAUUUUGAAAUUUGACCAUUUUGGACAAAAAUCGACAUACUAUGGUGUGACUUUUUUCUUCAAAUAUUUGGAAAUAUUCUGCCAUAAUAUUAAUCAACAGACUAUAAUAGGGCAAUUUUAAGCAUUUUUAGCUGUUUUAAAUUUUGAUGAGUUUUGACAAAUCGACAUACUAUGUUGUGGUGGGGGUUUUUUUGUUUCAAAUUUUGGACAUCCUAUAAUAUGGUGUUUUCUUUCAAUUUUGAUUUUUUUAUGACUAUAAUAGGGCCAGUUUUUGCAAUUUCAAUCUUGAAUCUUUCAUUCAACAAAAAAGGUCACUCCAUCAUAAGUUGGAGGACUCUCAACAUAUGAUGACCAACACCCAAAAAGCCCUGUAUACUGGCCUCCAUAGCUGCCACAUUCUCAGUGUACUUGUGAAUAUAUUAAACAUAUCUCACGGUGUUUGUAUGAUGCCGCCAUGUUGCUGACUGAAGGUGCAAACUGCGUAUCCAUGUGUGCAGACGACAGACAUCUAUUUGCCAAGUAGCCUUUAGCUAACUUGAUGAUGCGACUACACAGCUGGGAAGCAGCCAUCAUCACUGCCAGCCUGCAGCAGCACCACAGAGACCACACCCACACAGGAUCAACAAUACGGAAUAAUGCAAUUCUGAACUGUGCCUUGACUAUGUGUUGUUAUUGAUGCAGUGUCUGUGAGUCCCGCACAGCCUCACUGGAAGGCUACAAUCGUAUGAAUGCAUUUUACUUAGUUUCUGAGCUGUAAUGCAGUAUGUGGACAGGUUUGCACAGUGGGGAUCCGCAAGUUCACGUUGAUUAUUUUAACUCUGAAUACACAAAACAUCAAGCAUAUUGGUUUUUAAAGGAGUACACCACCAAUUUUGCAGCUGAGACAUCACAGAGAGUAUCACCCUGUGAGAGUUAUAGAAGUUUUGUGUUAAAAUUACCCCGAUGAUGUCAUUGUUCAGCUUGGAGCUGGCUACAGAAAGCCCUUGUUGCAAACUUAAACUUCCAACACUAAAUGAUGGAGAGUUCCUUUAUAUCUUAACCAAUCAGAAAGUACCAGAAGUACUGAAAAUUACAGAGUUUGAACUUAAACUAAAGUAAUGUCACCAAUAUUGUGUGCAAACUCAGUUUUCCAGCUUUUAAUUUGCAAAAGAUGAGACAUUUUCACAAGUAUGGUGAUAUGAGACCACAUACUCUGUUAAUUUGGUUUAAAUAUAUAUAUAUUUCUUUGUUUUAAAUAUUUGAUUGUAGUUUGUAUGAAAGCCCUGAGGGACAAAUAAGAAAAAAAAAUCUGGUGAUCUAUUUUCUCAAAGUGUGAUUUUUAUGGUUUUAUCUCCUGUGUUUAUGAGCUUUUGGGGCUUCCAUACAUUUGCCUUGUUACAAAACUUUUAUUUUAACACCACAUCGCUGAAUUCCAACAUCAGUGAUAGUCACACAAACUUUGGAUCCCCACUGUGAGAAGAUGCCUGCGCACAUGAGGGUGGAUAAAAAAGAAAAAAAUCUUUACUUCAGCUUUAACAGACUGUAACGGACCUGGCUCGCCUGCCCGGCUUCUUUGUCGUCAAGUGUUGAUCAUCACAUUGUGAGUCUGUUGAUCGGCCGUGAACAUGAUGGUUUGUAGUUCACAGAUACUAUUGUCUGUUUUGUAGAUGCAGAGGACAAACUACGCUGUGAUUUUCCGAGCAUGUGGAACUGUUGUUUAGUUUCAUGUGUUGGUACAGUAAUGAUAAUUUAUGGUUGUGGUGCCUGAGAUAUAGUGACAGGUUUACUUCUAAAAAAGAAGAAGACUAGUGAAAAGACCUUAAUAUAUUCUGUCCCCCUUGCCUUUACUUUCCCUGCACAGUUAAUGUGCAAACCAAUCUAUUCAACACUGGCAAGGCUGUUAAAUCAUGUCUGUUGAUAGUAGGUGGUAUAUACAUUACUGUUAUUAUCUAUGUUGAAAAGAAAGGAAACUAAAUAUACUGUAAAGAGGAUGCCUGAAUGAAAAAAAUAAUCUUACUAUGAAAUGAAAUGGUAUUGUAUGAAAAGAAGUACAAUUUUUACUUAUUUUUGUCAUUUUAGAAAUUUUAUUGUCAGUCAGUUACAUUUCAAAUUGUAUGGUAGUGAUGUAUCAAUCUACCUUUUUUUUUUACUGGUACAGCAGAACACACACACACACAAACACAAAAUAACUCACCUAGCACUCAUGAGACUGUACUUUUUUUCUAGAAAGUAGAUCCUGCUUCCACACACAAACACACACACACACACAAACA